GGCCUGCGCGCGGCGCGUGAGGCGAAAAAGUGAGGGGGCGAAAAUUUCGUUGGGGACCGCAGCGCGCGGCGCCGCUCUUGAUGGGGGCAGCGCGGCGGUGGCGUCCUGCGUGGUGUGGGGACGCUGCGGCCGCGCGGGGCUGUGUUCUUCUCUUCCUUUGCGCACGCAGCGCCUCGGCAAUUUUGCAACAGACUCCAAGACGACGUCGUCGAAGUGAGCGCGGUGGUGAAAGCCUGGCCUACGGCUGCGUCGACGACCGUUGGUGGCGAUUGGUGGCGAGGACUCUUGAUUUUUUUUUGAGGCUAGUGUGUCUAUAGGCUGUGUGAAGCUGAGUCUGGACUGAAACAGGCGAGCGCUGGGCUCUGUGGGAUCAGCAAUAACUGGAAGAGAACCUCAUAGUGCUGCCAGUAACGCCAGCGAUCGAAAGGACCACCUGUGACUGCUAACAAAAGAGGGAGCGAGGCUGCAUGCUGAUGCUGCUCCUCCUCGCCCGGCGGGGCGCGGGCCUCGUGGCGCCCACGACAAGGCGCGGCAUCACGACGGCGCGCCCGGCCGCCGCCUACGACGUCAUAGUUAUUGGAGGCGGCCACGCGGGCUGCGAGGCCGCGACCGCGGCGGCAAGAGCAGGAGCACGCACUGCUCUGGUAACGCAGAACGCGGAUACCGUGGGCGAGAUGUCCUGCAACCCGUCGAUUGGCGGCAUCGGCAAGGGCCACCUCGUGAAGGAGGUCGACGCGCUCGGAGGAGUCAUGGGCCGCGGGAUUGAUUGGGCGGGGAUUCACUUCCGGAUGCUUAAUAGGAGGAAGGGGCCGGCGGUCUGGGGGCCGCGGGCGCAGGCGGACCGUGAUUUAUAUAAAGACUGGAUGCAGAAUGAACUAUCAGACUAUCCGAACUUGAGUAUUGUGGAAGCCUCGGCCGAGGACGUCCUCUUCGAUAACGAAGAGGUCCGCGCGGUCCAGACGUCGGCGGGCGAACUCGAGACGAAGGCCGCGGUCAUCACGACGGGCACGUUUCUGAGGGGCAAGAUUUUUGUCGGGAGCGAGUCGUUCCCGGCCGGGCGCUACGUCCGCGACGAUCCGUAUACCGCGACGACGGAGCCGCCUUCCUGUGGACUGGCCAAGACGCUCGAGGUGGAUUUGGCCUUGCCUUUAUCGAGACUGAAGACGGGGACGCCUCCUCGACUCGACGGUCGAACGAUCGACUGGGACAAAUGUGUCGAGCAGCCCUCCGAAGAAGCCCAACCUUUCUCCUACUUUAAUGACCAAAGAAAAGAUAGAAAGACGGUCAAGUGCUUCCGGACGGCGACGAACCAGAAGACCCAUGAUAUAGUACGAGACUACGUUCAUACGCUAGCUCCAACGACGACCGACGGCGUCGGGCCGCGGUACUGCCCCUCGCUCCACAAGAAGGUGGAAAGGUUCUCCGAGAGGGAUUCCCACGUGGUCUGGUUGGAGCCGGAAGGUCUUGAGACUGAUUUAGUAUACCCGAACGGCCUGUCGGGCGCGUGGCCGCGCGACGUCCAGGAGAAAAUCGUGCGGUCCAUCGUCGGGCUGGAGCGGGCGGAGAUCGUCCAGCCGGGGUACGAUGUGGAGUAUGAUUUUGUGGAUCCUCGGUCGUUGGAUCAUGGUCUAGGUGUCAGGAAUGUCGUAGGUUUGCACUUGGCGGGCCAGAUCUGCGGCACGACGGGCUACGAAGAAGCGGCAGCUCUAGGUAUUGUGGCCGGCGCGAACGCGGCGUUAUCCGCCUUGGAUCGGGACCUGCCUCUUGAGAACAGGAGGCGUUUUGUUGUCGGUCGUGACCAGGGGUAUAUCGGCGUGUUGGUCGACGAUCUCGUGACGCGGGGCACGAUGGAGCCCUACCGCAUGUUCACCAGUCGGGCGGAGUAUCGGUUACACUUACGGGCGGACAACGCGGAUCUACGGUUAACGGAGAAGGGUGCGGAAGUCGGUUUGGUGGAAUCAGGCAGGCUAGACAAGUGCCUUGAACGAUCUAAAUUAGUAGAUGACGGUGUACAACAUCUAGACAGUUUGAGGUUCGCGCCGGAGGCCUGGGGCGCGUUCUUCCUGGAAGGGGCGGAAGCAGAGAGAGAUGCGAAACGAAGGCCGCACAAGACGGCUUCCGAGUUACUCGCCAUGCCCCACGCGGACUUUGACAAGCUCAAGGCGUUCUGUGCGGAGCAGAAUGUUGAUUUGAACGUCGCGGCCGACGCGGAGGACACCGUCGCGGCCCAGUGCAAGUACGCCGCCUACCUCACGAGGCAAAAGCGGGACAUGGACAACUACCGGAAACAUGAUGCUACCAAAAUCCCCGCCGAUUUAGAUUAUUCCGAGGCAAAUCUUCCCGCGCUCUCUGCUGAAGAACGGGAAAAGCUCGUCGCGGCGCGGCCGCGGACGUUCGCCGAGGCCGGCGCGAUUAGUGGCUUGACGCCGGCGUCGCUCGUGUAUUUAUACCAGCACGUGUCGUCGCGCGGAAAGCAGCGCGUCGUAAAUUGAUUGUUACUUAUCACAUGCAGUGUCGCUGCCGCCCAUCCAGUCAUACUC